GGGGGGCGGGGCAGAGGCUCACUCGGCGUUGCUGAACAGGGAGCUCAGCCGACUCCAGCAGAGGGACAGUGGGAUAUGACACCCGCCACAAUCCGCUCCCAUCCUCCUCCGCCCUCGGCUCAGCGAGCCUGACAAACAGCGGAUCAGAAACAGCAUCGCUCCAGCUUUCAGACAAGCUGAGUAUCGGUUCACCGAAAGCAUGGAUCUGCGAGUGGGGAGUAAAUACCGGCUUGGCCGCAAGAUCGGCAGCGGCUCCUUUGGGGACAUUUACCUCGGUUCUAACAUCGCUACAGGGGAGGAGGUGGCCAUCAAACUGGAGUGUGUGAAAACCAAACAUCCACAGCUUCACAUCGAGAGCAAGUUCUACAAGAUGAUGCAGGGAGGAGUGGGGAUACCUUCUAUAAAGUGGUGUGGAGCUGAGGGUGAUUAUAAUGUGAUGGUGAUGGAGUUACUUGGCCCUAGUCUGGAGGACCUCUUCAACUUCUGCUCCAGAAAGUUCAGCCUGAAAACAGUCCUCCUGCUUGCUGACCAAAUGAUCAGCAGAAUCGAGUACAUCCACUCCAAGAACUUCAUCCACCGGGACGUGAAGCCGGAUAACUUCCUGAUGGGUCUGGGGAAGAAGGGAAACCUCGUUUACAUUAUUGACUUCGGCCUGGCCAAGAAGUACAGAGACGCCCGAACACACCAGCACAUCCCCUACCGCGAGAACAAGAACCUGACCGGCACCGCCCGCUACGCCUCCAUCAACACACACCUCGGCAUAGAGCAGUCUCGGCGGGAUGAUCUGGAGUCUCUGGGCUACGUGCUGAUGUACUUUAACCUGGGCUCUCUGCCCUGGCAGGGUCUGAAAGCCGCCACCAAGAGGCAGAAAUACGAACGAAUCAGCGAGAAGAAAAUGUCCACCCCCAUCGAGGUGCUGUGUAAAGGCUACCCCUCCGAGUUCUCCACGUAUCUGAAUUUCUGCCGCUCGCUGCGGUUCGAUGAUAAGCCGGAUUACUCGUACCUGCGGCAGCUCUUCAGAAACCUCUUCCACAGACAGGGAUUCUCUUACGACUACGUGUUCGACUGGAACAUGCUCAAAUUCGGAGCGAGUCGAGCAGUGGAUGAGGGUGAUCGAGAGCGGAGAGGUGAAGAGAGGGAUAGUGGAGUGGUGCGGGGGUCAGGAGUCAGAGGACACGCCUCCUCCGGGCCAAACCGCACCAGAAACGGCCCUGAACAGCCAACUUCCAACCCAGCCUCCCGCAUCCAGCAAUCAGGUAACACAUCGCCACGGGCAGUCUCCCGAGGAGAGCGGGACCGGAAGGUGAGCAUGAGACUGCACCGAGGAGCCAACGUCUCGUCCUCACAGGUCAGCAUGCCAUAUGAGCACCUGGGAAAGUGAGCUGUCCAACCACACACAAAACAACAGGGCUGCAGGACUCCGCCUCCUUCUCCAGAUAUUCUCAGAGAUCGUUUUGUUCUGUUUUUUUUUUUUUAACACUCUGCCUGUGAACCUGACCAGCACAACGGGGGCUGAUCUGCGUGACCCUCCGCUCAAAUGAAGACUCUGCCCCUUUACCCCUUUGUUUCAUCCCACACAUCACUCCUUUACACAUCACUCCUUUACCCAUCAUCCCUCACUCCUGAUCUGUGAUCGCGUGAUAAAGGCUGGGAGAGAAGCUGAACGUUGUUUUUCGUUGGUUUUGAAUGUAAAGGGUUCGACUUUUUUGAGGCGGGUUGGUUUGUACUCUCCAGUUUGGAAUGUUUGUGUACACUUUGUUUGUUUGUUUGUUUGUUUGUUUGUUUUUGUGUGCACAGACGAGCAGUGAUUAUCUUUUAGAGAGAAAUCGGACACAGGUUGGAGGGUUUUUUGUUGGGCUCAGGCUGCACAGUGUAUUGUUUGUAAAUGAUCUUAUUGUCUUCACAUUUAGUGUUGCUGUCCAGAUCAGUUUCUGAGGGCAUUCUGAUAAAUCGGCUUAUUUCUACAAUAAUUUUGGGCAACUUUAAAGGGGAAUUCCACCAAAAAUCUCUGUAGAAUCCAGUGUGUGUGAGAGAAACUAAUUCAGAGUGGAGGUUUAGUUAGAAAUUGUGCUUCACAUUUGAGAAAAUCAAUCUCAAAAAAUUAAGCAUGCAUAAAUAUGGCUAUGACACAUAUAUUUAUAACCUUUUUACUGUCAAAACUCACCAGUAAAUCCUACAGAAGUCUUUUUUUUUCAUAGGUAGAGUUUUAUAUGGAAUGAUGAUGUUGGGAAGAUCUGGGGGAAAAACUAAAUUAUUCCGCACAUCGCCCUGCUGUAUGCAUGCCUCUACCAUUUUAAUCAAAAAUGCAACUUCUAGAAGUGGUUAAACAGUGUAUUCAUAACCAUUAAGUCCCGUGAGGAGCUUCCUUCACCACCACACUACACUCUUCAAUAUGCAUCAAUGCAUUCAUUAUCAAUCUCUUCAGGCUGCAGCAGUUGAGCUCCGCCCGUUUACCUUAUAAUUCAAGUUUAAAAGGGGUGUUUUGCUUUUUGAAUGAGUGCAGCCAAUAGAAAUUGUUGAUGUUUGAUGCAGAAUACAGAAACAUUGUACCAUAAGCAUAUGUGGAAAAAAUAAAAUGCAAGAAUAUGAA